GCUAGCUAGAGAGCAGAGAGAAAUUGGGAAGCAGAUGGAGAUCGUAGAGACCAACGAGCGUGUGUUCGAUAGGAAGAUGGAAGAACCUCAACGAGCAGCAUUGAAGGAAGAUUGGAGAGCGUUCAAGAAAUUCUUCGAGCAAGACAAGAAAGCGUUGCUGGAGCCAAUGGACUUGGACAAGAACACCGCCAUCCACGUGGCCACGCACGCCGGAAAACCGCGGCUACUGGCGGAGCUGCUGGACAUGCUGCCGGGGAAGGAUAGGUGGCGCGCGCUAAGGGCGAAGAACGCCCGCAGCUGCACCGUUCUCCACCACGCCACGCUGUUCACGGAUAACGUGGAAAUAGUGGACGUGGUGCUCAAGUGCGAGAGGGAAGUGACGCCGCUGCUGGAUGAGGAGACUGAUGAAGAGUUGGCGUUGGUGGAGAUGAAGAAUGAGUUGGGGGAGACGCCGCUGUAUAUGGCUGCAAAGGAAGGGAACAUUAAGAUGCUUCAACACAUGGACAAGUCUGUGGCGGAUAUUCACUUGCAUUUUCUCAGAGAUUCCGACAAAUUACCCAUUCUUCACAUUGCUAUCAUUGGUCAACACUUGGAUGUAGCCAUUUGGUUACUGAAAAAGGACGAGAAACUUGCUGAUGCAAAGGAUGAAAAGGGAUUGACUGCACUCCAACUGCUAUCCGAAAUGCCGUUUGUUUUCCGCAGCUGUUGCCCCCAGGGGACCACAACUCUCGUAUAUUCGUUGCUUCCCGAGCAAUAUUACGAGUAUGAAGAUUAUGACGAAAGCGUCGCGAUCAUCAGAAAUGGGAACGAUAUAGAAAGUGGAAAAGAAAAUAAAAAGCCUCCUACCUCAGGAUUUUCUAGGAUCAAUUACGCUAUAUGGAAUUUUCUCGCAAGAGAAUGGGAUGCGGUUGGUCGUGUUUGGGAGAAAAAGAAGCAGCAUAAGUUAGCUGAGUAUCUAGCAGAUAUGUUAGUGCAGAAAGACAACUCAUGGCAAAGAACUUGUAAUGAAAAACAGCGAACAGUGGUGGUAUUGCCAAUUAUUAAGCCAGCAAACGUGGCUGCACGGAAGAAACAGCUGAAUGAACUGAAAGAUACUCAAUCUACAAACCAAACCGCGCGUACUUACAGUGAGUUCACGCCGUUAUUGUUGGCGGCGAGCGCGGGAAUAGUAGAAAUCGUUGAAAAAAUCAUUGACAUAUAUCCUGAAUCUAUAAACCACGUUAGCGAGAACGAACAGAACGUGCUGCAUGUGGCUGUGAUAACCCGUCAAAAGAAAAUUUAUCAGGUCAUAAAGAAUUACGGUGCGUUGAAAAUGUUGGCAGGUCGCAUAAGUGAUAAAGGCCGCACUCUCUUGCACCAAGUGGCGAGGAUGGAAUAUUACAGAGGAGGUCAAGUAGCUGGCUAUGCAUACGAAUUGCAAGAUGAGUUGCGUUGGUACGAACGUGUGAAGAAGAUUAUUCCCCCGAACCUAGUGAUGCACUGUAACGAAGACAACCUAACGGCUCGAGAGCAGUUCGAGAUAGAGCAUGCUAGCAUGCUAAAGGAAGCACAAGAGUGGAUAAAGGAGACAGCGCAGUCAUGCUCGACCGUGGCAGUGUUGGUGGCCACCGUAGCGUUCGCAGCAGCCUACACCGUCCCAGGAGGAACCGACGGAAACGGCUUCCCCGUAUUUAUCCGUUCUCCGGCGUUCCUCUUUUUCACCAUCAUGGACGUGGUAGCCCUAGCGAGCUCACUGGCUUCAGUGGUGAUGUUCCUCUCGAUCCUCACAUCUCCGUUUGAGAUGUGGGAAUUCCACAAGUCACUCCCGAGGAAACUCACGCUGGGGUUCGGUUUGCUCUUCUUUUCGUUGACCGCGGCAAUGUUGUCGUUUAGUGCCACCAUUUUGUUGACCGUGAAGUUAGAGUAUAACAAGUGGAGUUCCAGUUUGAUAUACAGUGCUGCGUUUUUCCCUGUCUCUAUAUUCAGGUUACUGCAGUUCCCCUUUUACAUGGCGAUCAAAGACCGGUUAUUAAUGUUGUUGAAGAAACUUAAGAAGAUGGUUCCCAGUCGCAUCGUCAAGUCCGCGGAAAAAUCCAAGAUGAGAAAGUAUCGUCGCUUUGGCCGAAGAGGGUACUAAACUAGUUCA